AUGGAGGAUGAUAGACGCACACGCCUUCUCGCGGCGUGCUGGUCUUUGGCCGCCGCCGCCGUUAUCCUGCUCUCCCUCCGCCUGUACUGUAAGGUGUGGCGAGGAAGAGGUCUUUGGUGGGAUGACCAUCUCUUGAUUGCUUCCUGGAUUUCCCUCUCUAUAUCUUGCUCUGUGCUUUCGUACAUCUGUUCGAUCGGUUUCGGUACGAGGCGGGCAACAAUCAGCGAUGAGAAUCUCAAAAUCAUCAGUCUCAGCACCAUCAUGGUGGCGGCGUUUGGAAUCAUGGCCACGACGUUAAGCAAAACGUCCUUCGCCAUUACGCUUUAUCGAAUUUCGACCAACCAGUGGAUGAAGUAUCUUCUCAUCUUCAUCAUCGUGACGAUCAAUGUCUCCAUGAAUCUUGUUUGGAUCUUUGGGCUGGUGAAGUGCACGCCUUUUGCCAAAGUCAUCGAUGGCAGCCACCCGGGAAAGUGCUGGGACAGGCAGAAACUCCUCAAAUUCCAGCUCUUCGCUGCAUACUACUCUGCUAUCCUCGAUUUCAUGCUCGCCCUACUUCCGUGGCAGAUCAUCAUGGGCAUGUCCAUGCGACGACGUGAGAGGCUCGGUGUUGCAGUGGCCAUGAGUCUUGGUGCUAUGAGGAUGCUGUACCACGAGCUCAAGACGAGCCACGCCAGGUCCAAAUAUAACCGGAGCAACCCCUACGCCGGGCAGACGGGCGCCGGCGCCACGUCUUCCGACGCCAAGCGCGCAACGCGACAGCAGCACAGCAAGUACGGCCAGAACUCGGUCGUCAUCAUGUCGAACAUUGCCUGGGAGGAGUCGCAGGAGGCGCUCCGGGACCCCGAGGCCAGCGCCCGCUCGCCGAAUCUAAGCGGCGUGCUCAAGACGGAGGAGGUGAGAGUCGAGCACGAGAGGUUGAGCACCGUGGGCGACGAGGACUCGAUAGAGCUCAAGCCUUAUGGUGUCAGCGCGACGGCGAUGAAGGAGGAGGCUGGCGGCAAUCGUCGCAAUUCACACCUGUCACGUCUUCGUCUUCGAGGCCUCCAGUGGUGUAGUUCUAGCUCUCCAGAUGGAGUCAAGGAGGGCGCUCUCGACACACUUGCUCUUGGCAGCCCUAGCCGGCGUCCGGGCUACAGUCUUGAUGGUUACGACCAAGGCAUUCAGGGACAGGCUGGGUCCGUCAUGAGCUUGGCACUGUAUGAGGACCGUCCAUGGCUUAGUAGAAGCUGA